AUGGCGGCACCGCCGCAGCCUCUCCUCCGCUGCCGGAGUUCGGUCCCCUCCUCGAUCGCAGUAGCGCCGCUAAAGCUCAAUCUCCUCCUCCACCACCACAACAGCAGCUCCUCCUCCGAUCUCGAGCUGCUGUCGAUCAAGCCUAAUUCGCACAGCUACACCUCGCUGAAGGAUCUCCUCCCGACGACGGCGGUCAAUUCGCCGCGGCCGAGCUCCGCGCACGGCGGAUCCGACAUCGGCAUCCGGAAUCGCCUCGUCAAGCAGGCGGCGUGGGCGUAUCUCCAGCCGAUGUCCGCCUCCGCCGGCUCCGGCGGCGGCAGCUCCCUCCGCCGCGUCUUUCCGCCAUUAGCCGCCUUUUUUUAUUUGCUCCGCCGCGGCGCCGCGCAGGCUAUCGAUUGGACGCUCCGGCUUGUCUGGAUCCGCAGCUCCAGAUAG